UGGACAUGGCUUCUUCUCCUUCAUUCCCUACCAACCCUCUCCAGCCUUCAACCUCUUCUCUCUACCUUCAGAGGCUUUUCUUUUUCUCUCUCUACACAACCCAUUUCAUCAAUCUUCAAUUCGUUCUUCCAUCACCAAAGACUCUUCUCCUCUCGGUACCUCUUCUUUUCAUGCAACUCUUCCUUUUUCUAUGUAGAUCUCUCUUCUGCCUGCAAUUUUGGAUCUGAAUGGAUGGGUUAUUCCUGGAACUGGGUUUCUUUCCUUUCGUGUUUUUUUGAAGUCUGUUUCUGUGAUUCUCACGCCUGUUCUCUGUUAUAAUCGAGAUUCUGGCUGCCACGGAAAACUCCCUUGAAAAAGGACCAAAAGGCCAUGGAGCAGUACUUUCAAGAGGUCAUGCCACAAAAUGACUUAAACAAGGAAGAUGGGUCUUCUAUGGAGAAUUGGAAACCUGUCUCUGCCGCAGACAAUGGAUCAGAUAAAAAUUCCUAUGGUGGUUUUGACUGCAACAUCUGCCUAGACUUUGUUCAGGAUCCGGUGGUGACUCUCUGUGGUCAUCUCUUCUGCUGGCCCUGCAUUUACAAAUGGCUUUAUUUCCAGAGCAUUUCUACUGAAAAUCCAGACCAGAAAAACCCUCAAUGCCCCGUAUGCAAAGCUGAAGUUUCAGACACCACCCUCAUCCCACUAUAUGGCCGAGGCCAAACAACAAAACCCUCCAACGCCAAGGCCCCACACCCAGACAUCUUCAUUCCACGAAGACCUUCUGGUCCCGCUUGUGGGGUCGAUGCACCUCUAACACCCACCACAACAGCCAAUCCACGGCCUUCUCGGCAACUUUAUUAUCGCAAUUAUCGGCACCAUUCACAACCAUACCAUCCUCAUCCUAGCAGUUAUGCAGAGUCACCAAUCCUUAGCCCUGGUGGCAUGACAACGACCAGCACAUACCAUCCCAUCAUGGGAAUGUUUGGAGAAAUGGUCUAUGCAAGGGUGUUUGGGAACUCGGUUCAAAAUUUGUACACUUACCCAAACUCGUAUCAUCUUGCUGGAAACACAAAUCCGAGGAUGAGAAGGCAUGUAAUGCAGGCGGAUAAGUCGCUUAGCAGAAUCUGUUUUUUCCUAUUUUGCUGCAUACUUUUGUGUCUUCUUUUGUUCUGAAUACCCUGCUCUCAUCUUCCCUUCCCAUUGUAUACUUGUAAAAAUUAUGGGUCGAGGCAAAUGAGCAAUGCAAGAAUUCAGCCAUAUGUAUUAGACCUUAGAGAUGUUGAAUCUCCGGCGCUGGCAUAUAUUAUACAUAUAUACGUGUGUAUAUAUAUAUAUAUAUAUAUAUAUAAUCAUGAACCUUGUUUUGAGCUUA